UCUUGUAUUAGGAACAUCUCCCGAUGUGAAUUCAUCAUAUCCGUAUUUGUCAUCGAGAGAUGUUCCCGCCCUCUAGUGCGGGGCAGAUCUGAACUCGUUACCUCAGUGACGUUGUAGAUCCGCUUGUUUGGACUGGGCCAAUAAGACUGGUUAAAAAUAGAACAAAAUGAGCGGGAGCCUGAGGAGUAUGUUGAUAGCGGCGGCCAUAAAUGGGGUGACGGAAGCGAGGGCGAGGAUAUUCGGGCACGUGCUGAACCCGACGGGGCAGAGGUCUCCACACAAGGUUCUUCGGAAGAAGCUCAUUGGCGAGAAGGUGGCUCAGUGGUACCCCUAUGAUAUCAAGAAGGACGACCCCCUCGUCAUGGCCCGCCAAGAACAAGAGCGCUUAUCUAAGCUUGAAAUGUUGAAGCGCCGUGGGAAGGGUCCACCCAAGAAAGGUCAAGGAAGACGUGCUGUUAAACGUAGCAAGUAGAGAGUUUAUCUUUGAUGUCACUGCUGCCUUUACAAUGUUGGUACAAAACUUUGAACUUUGCUUUUUGGGGAAAAUAACCUCUUAUUAAGCAUAGUUCAUUCACAUUUGCAAUUGAAGGAUUAGUUUGGUUCGUGAACUGUCUAUAUCUGGCAAAUUCAUCUUUAACUUUCCAUGAUGUGGUAAAGUGCAUCCUUUUGUA